ACUAAGCACCUAGACUUUUCCCGCCUCCGAGAGCCUAUCCUGGCCUUAGCAGCGCCUGAAGUUAGAAAAAGAAAAGUGUAUACUCUAAGAGUUUGGCAGAGCACAGGAAAGGGCAAUGCAAAAAAGAAGUGGGACCCAGGGGUAAUUCCUAAACAGCGACUGGCGUUCAAUUUUUAAAUAACACUAGGUUUCUAAGCAGGCUCCCUCGUAAUGACUUCUGGGAAGUGUAGUCCUCGUGAAGGUACGAGAGGGUUGCCUGCCGCGACCGGAACUACAUCCUCCAGAGGGAAGCGCGGCGUUGCCUAGGAAGCUUACUGCCUAGCGUUCCAACGGCUCUCUGGAAGGGAGGACUGGCUGGCAGCGAGAACCAGGUGCACCUGGGACUGUCGUGUUAAAGUCCAAGUGUGGCAACUAAAUUGUUCUUGAUGGGAUAAUGUAUGCUGAAUUUAAGCACAGUGCGAUAGGAAGCUAUCGUAAGCCUCCAGAUAAAAUAACUAACCCUUCAUUUGCAUACCAUGAAGCAGCACCUCAAGAUAAUCUGCCUAAGAAGUUGGAGCCCGUUUCUAUUCCAAACAGCCAUGCUCUUUUGUUGGCCCUGAAAACUCUUCAGGAUAAGAUUCAUCGACUAGAGUUAGAGAGGACACAAGCUGAAGAUAACCUGAAUACCCUUUCCCAAGAAGCUGCAUUGUAUAAAAAAGCCUUGCAGAAUGAAAAUAAUGAGCGAGAUCUGGCACACCAGGAACUGAUAAAGCAGAGAAAAGACAUAAGUGCACAGCUCAGUGCUGCCCAGAUUCGCUGUUCUAUUCUAGAGAAACAACUGGAACUCACAAAGAAAAUGGUUUUGAAUGCAGAACAGGAAAAGAAUUUUACCCUAGAACAACAACAGUGGGAAAAGGGUCAGGAUCAGAUGAAGCUGAAUGAGAAACUUGAAAAACUUGAAGUCUUAGAAAAAGAAUGUGUCAGGCUGACAACUACUCAGAAGACAGCUGAGGAAAAGAUUAAACAUUUAGAGCAAAAACUUAUUGAGGAAGAACAUCAGCGUAAGCUAAUUGAAGACAGUGCUGCUCAGCUUCAAAGUGGACUUGAGAUCAAUAGAAUUUUAAUGUCUUCAGCUCUACCUUCACAACAAAACAAGAAAAAGAAAUCUGCAAAGGAAAAAAAAAGUUCAAAGAGAGGACUUCAGCAGACUCAUUCAAAGUUUGGUGCUAUUGGAAAGUCUGCCAAUGAGAGUCAUUUUGUGAAUGCAAGCGUGCAAACCAUCCUGAAUAUGAUGAAACAUGGCAACUCACCUUCCCUUCAGGCAUACCCCGAAGCACCUGAACGCAGGGCUAUUAGUAAAAGAACUGUCCGAUGCAGACCCACCUCCUCUUACUCUAGUAAAUCCACUUCAAUUGGUGAUGGUUUGACUGAUCUAGUGAUGGCUAUGCAAGAUGAACUGGACCAAAUGAGUAUUGAACACCAAGAACUUUUGAAGCAAGUACAGGAAAGUCCAAGACUUUCAGUUAAUGAAGAAAUAGAAUAUGAACUGGAAUGUUCAGCUAGAAAAAUGGAAGUGAAAGGGGAGCAAAUAUGCAAACUGAAGAAAUAUCAAGAUCAUGUAAAUAAACUGCAACAAAAGUCUCAAAACUCAAAGAGUGAAGCAUUCAGCAUUGAACCAGAAGAUGAAAACCAUAAAAGAACAAAGAAUGUGCCAGUCAUGGUGGUCACCAGAAAGGGCACAAAUAAGACUAAGUCUCCACAGAAAAACUGCAGUUGUCAAAUGCCACAAAAGUGUUUCCAAAAGAUCCAAAUGACAUUGAGAAAAGACGACAUCAAGUGGGAACAGUAGAGCAAUGGUGUAAAAUUCAAUUUCAAUGAACCUUGCUAAUCACUGGGAAUUUUUAAUUGUCUGAAAUGAUUUUAAUUUAAUGUAACUUUUAAGAAUUUUCUAAUUAUGUUUCAUGCCCAUAAAGUAUUAAAUAAUAGUAUUUGAAAAAAAAAUUAAUGCUGAGUGACUUGCUAAGAGUUCCCCAGACUAAAUGAUUUCUUUCUCUUAUUCAUUGAAAUAUCAUGGCAUGAUUUCAUCGCAUUUCAGAAGAAUUAUUUAUUUUUGGACAUGUCUAGAACUAAGUUUUAGAAACAGCAUUGGCAAAAUUCAUUCAUGAAUAUGAAAUAAGGAACUUUAAAAUCUCUGAUAUUGAGGGAAAUGGAAUUGAUGCUUCUCAUCAACUUCAUAUUAGGUCUAUGAAUUAAUCUGUUUUUGGAGAAGAAGAAACUUUAGAUUAAAAGUAAUAACCUGAACACAUCUUUACUUGAUGAAUCUGUUCAUAACAUAACAACAUAACAUACUUGAGCUUAUAUCAUCCUACCUCCUUAAUUUUGCUUAUGAUCUUGAAAUACUCUUCUUUGAUCUCUGACUGUCCAAAUUCUACCCAGUCUUCAAAGCCCAACCCAAGUCACAUCUUCUGCAUGAAAUCAUUCCUGAUCACUUCAGUGGUUUGAAUCUCAUUUUUGCCGUGUUGAGUACCUAUUGUCCUAAAUACCUUAGGUUAAUCAUGUAAUAUCCUUGAACCUGUUUCCUCAUCUCCAAAAUUAAAGGUUAGAUAACCUAUGAGGUUCCUUCUACCUCCAAACCUAUGGUCUCUCCCUUCUUAAACUACUUACUCUCCCCAGUAUCUUCAAAAAUUGACAAUUUCUAACCCCCAAAUUGUCCAGCCUUGAGAAAGUAUUAUGAUUCAAAUAUAGAAGCUUCCCUUCUCUAUCUCUAUUUUUAUUUUAUAAAUAUCUUUACUCUAAUCCUCCUCUGCAAUUUUUAUUACUUUAAUGUUUUAUUUAACACUUAAGAUGGAACAUCAAUAUAACCAAAUAAACUUGCUUGUAA